AUGGGUUCUUCAGACUGCAAAGUUCCAGCAGCAAUUCUUGCCAUCGGCACCGCCAAUCCUUCAAACUGUAUAUUUCAGGAUGACUAUCCUGACUUUCUCUUUGGGGUCACAAAUUCUGAGCAUUUGACAGAUCUCAAGGAGAGGUUCACUCGCUUAUGUAAGAAAUCUAGCAUAAAGAAGCGUUAUUUCCUCUUGACAGAAGAUAUCUUGAAGCAAAACCCGGGCAUGACCUCUUCCGGUGCCGCCUCGCUUAACCAACGUCAAGAUCUGGCAACCGACAUGCACCCAAAACUGGGGUUCGAAGCAGCGAUCAAGGCCAUUGGUGAGUGGGGUGAGUCCAAAUCGGCCAUCAGCCACCUCAUCUUCUGCUCCAUGUCAGGGGUGGACAUGCCCGGCGCAGACGCAAAACUUGCCAAGCUCCUUGACCUCCCGCCUUCCAUCAACAGGCUCAUGCUCUACAACCUUGGCUGCCAGGGAUCCGGAACCGUCCUCCGCAUUGCCAAGGACAUAGCUGAGAAUAACCCCAGGGCACGGAUCCUUGCUGUUUGGGUUGAGUCAACUUGCCUUCUAUUUCAACCACCUCGAGGAGAAGAUCGUGUGGAGUUACUGAACAGCGCGAUCUUGGGCGAUGGUGCAGCGGCUAUGAUUAUCGGAGUCGCUCCACCAGGCACGACUGGUGAACGGCCCCUUUUCCAAAUCAUCUCCGCUUCACAGACGCUCAUCCCAGGCACCGGCGGAGCAAUCGGAGGCCAGUAUAGGGAGCAUGGCAUCACCGUAUGUCUAGCGCGGGAGGUGCCCAGAUUGAUUUGCUCCACCCUGGAGGCAUGCUUGGUCAAGGCUUUUAGCUCGGCCACCGAGGGUGGCGUCGUUAGUGAUUGGAACUCCAUCUUUUGGGUCGUGCACCCGGGAGGCUGGAAGGUUCUUGACGAGGUGGAAGAGACGCUUGGGCUGACGAAAGAGAGGACGAGAGCUGCGAGGCAUGUGCUGGAAGAGUACGGGAACAUGAUGAGCGCGACCGUGCCCUUCAUUUUGAAUGAAAUGAGGAAGAGAUCCACUGAGGCAGGGAAGGCCACGACAGGAGAUGGGCUCGAGUUUGGGGUGCUCUUGGGGUUCGGCCCGGGAAUCACCAUCGAGACCGUCGUUCUACACAGCACAAGCAGCGAAUCAACUUCGAGACAGAACGGAAGCUGA